GGUUACGGUCUCGAACGAAUACUAAGGUCCUAAGGCCAAAAUGAUUCCUAAUUUCGUGCUCUUCGUUUUAAGCAUAGCAGAGAUGCAUGCUUAUGCUGCUCCUCAAGGUGCACCAAUUCCUCAGAAUUAUUAUAAUCCACCACCAGACGUACCUCCAACUUCAUACCCCCCUUCAGCAGCACCAGCUGACGCACCAUUGGCAUACCAAGGGUAUCCACCCAACUUCUACCCCGGGAAUACACCUCGAACUCCCCCGUUCUACUCUGGCUUCAAAAAUCUCAACUACCCCGUUCAUCCGAUUCCUAACAAUCCCGCCCCAAUAGUCCCCUUAUCUCAACCAGUACAACCUGUUCCAGUUCAAGUACCUAUAACACAAAGUGUUCCAAUAGCAAGCCCACUUCCACUCUUACCUCAGCCCACUGUACCAAAUGUUCUAAUACCAAAAAAUACAGCUCAGACAACAACCUACACUAGCAAUGCGUCCAGACGCAUUCUUAAACGCAGAGCGCCUAUAAAUGGAUCUAACAGUUAUAGUUACAUCUACAUAUCUGGCUAUGGCUCCGCUUCAGCUAGUGGAAACAAGUUAGGAACAAACACUGGGGGAAAUACAGGAGGAACUAGCUCUGGCUCUGGUUCAGGAUCACGCCCUGAGCGCUCAUGCUCAGGCUCAGGAUCAUGCACAGGCUCAGGAUCAUGCUUAGGCGCAGGAUCUUGCUCAGGCGUAGACUCAGGCAAAGGGCCACGAUCAUGCUCAGGCCCAGGAUCAUGCUCAGGCUCAGGAUCAGGUUUAGGCUCAGGAUCAUGCUUAGGCACAGCAUCAUGCUCAGGCAUAGAUGCAGGCAAAGGCCCAGGAUCAUGCUCAGGCCCAGGAUCAUGCUCAGGCGCAGGAUCAAGCUCAGGCUCAGCAUCAUGCUCAGGCUCAGCAUCAUGCUCAGGCGCAGGAUCAGGCUCAGGCGCAGAAUCAUGCUCAGGAUCAGAAUCAUGCUCAGGCGCAGGAUCAGGCUCAGUUAAAGGAUCAUGCUCAGUCGCAGGAUCUUGCUCAGGAUCAGGCUAAGGCUCAUUCUCAGGAACCAGCACAAGAGGAACUAGCUUUGCAUUAGAUAGACUAAAUUUUACCCAACAAUAA